CGACGCAACAAGCAUCACAUCAACUGCUAGUCAAUUACCAUUAUUUGAGCUAGCUGCUCAUCAUUUAGCUUUCCUAUUUUCUGCCAACAUUUAUUGUUCAACAAUCCAGCCAUGCCUCUUCCAGACACAAUGUACUGUUCCCAGCAAAUCAACAUCCCCCCCGAGCUGCCAGACAUCCUGAAAAACUUCACUAAGGCAGCCAUCCGUACACAGCCCAAGGAUCUGCUGGUGUGGUCUGCGGCAUACUUCAGUGCACUGUCUAAAGGAGAGUGUCUGCCAGUCAAGGACAGGCUGGAGAUGAAUGUCGCCACCCAGAAGACCGACACUGGGCUGACUCCAGGUCUACUUAAAACUCUUCACAAACAGCUGUCCCUCAGGGAAACAUGCAGCAAGGAGGAACUGCAGAGGUGGAAGGGCCUGUGUCUACCCAUGGAUCAGCUGGAGAGCCUGCUGUUGCUGGGCAGCUUUGGCUCAGAGAUCGACUGGAUGGAGUUUUUUGCUCUGGGCUGCAGUGCUCUGGGAGGGACCCUUGUGAGUUCUCUGAAGUUUGCCUGUGAGAUCCUGACAGAGGAUGAGGAGGGCGGUGCUGCGAGGAUCCCCUUCGACACCUUUGUCAAACUCUACACAUACCUCGCUCACCUGGACGGAGACAUGCCGCAGCAUCACAUCGACAACUUCCUCAGCAGCCUGCAGCUACAAGUCAACAAGCAGAACGGCAUGAUUCAGGUUUCCAACUUCUACAUCAGCAGGAAGUGAGGGAAGGAGACAUGGCGAGCAAAGGAAGACAGGAAAGAAAGGGAAAGAAGGAGCUCCAACACGGGAUGAUUAAACCUCUGGACUUCCUCUAUCGGGACGAUAUGGACUCAACGACUCAUGCUUCGCCAAACUUUGCCAGAGCAACCUCAAGAGCGGACUAACAAUUAUGGA